AUGAACGAUUCACAGAAUCAGAACAGUUUCGAUUUUGUACCAAAGUCUGAUUAUAAUGAGAAGUGGCAUCUGGAAAAUAAAUGUCUUUUUCAUAAUCAACAAUACCUCGAAGGGGACAAAUAUGAAACGAAGAAAUUAUGCACGGAGUGUCCAAUGCCGUGUGAUCUUUGUUCGCAUUUCAAAGAAAAAUUCAAGUCGAAAAUAGAUGGAAAUAAUUUAAAUCAGAGAGCAGGCGAUUGGAAAUGCGACGAAGAGCUUGGAAAGAAAUCUUCGAAAUGUAUCGUACAGGAUCCUCCGAUUACCGAAUGGAAAUGGAAAAAUCCUUACAGUGUUUCUGAUUUUGAUCGAUCGAAACGUUGGUGUCGACGUACUUUUACUUCAGUUCUUUUCGAAGGGGAUGACUUUACAACGAAUUUGUUACGCGAUCUGCGUAACAAAGAUUCCCUGAAAGAUCAUACGAAGAACAAUUUCUUGUAUAAUUUCCGUGAAUAUUUGGUCAGAUAUCAGGAAUCUUGUGGCGUACCACGAACAGAAUAUUCUUUUUGGGCUCUUAUUAAUACGAUGGGUCAAGCAACAGGUCGAUCUUUUCUUGCAUUGUUGUAUGUCAUACUGAACAUUAUACCUGUUGUCGAGGUAUUCCUAUACUUAUUGCGAUUCGUUCUGGACAAAGUGAUUAGCAUAAGCAACAGCAAAGAUUUCCGGCAGACGAUGACUCGAUGUUUAAUAUUCACGACAGAAUUAUUCAGUGUUUAUGUAUGUCUGAUAUUUAUAUUCGGUUUUAUUGUCUUACCGAUUGUACACAUGGUAAUUGAUAUAGUAGCAAAGAUCAUGCUUUACAAUUAAUAGUAAUAACAGUCGUUUAGUCCUAAUUGAAUAAUACUAGAAACAAUAUGGUUAUUACGUGAAUUUGUUAUAUAAUUAUUGAGAAUCGUUUAAAAAUUUACUUACAAUUAAAAAAUUCCUGAAAAUGCACGUAUCCAGCUUACCUUGCUAAUAUAAAGUUUCUUAUUAUUUUAUAAUU